GACGUUUAGUGGUCGACUCGGCUGCAGCUCACAUGCCGAGGAUCUUUUCGCUCCCAGCGCGGAUACAAAGCUGCUGCAAAAUGCCGCCCGCAACGCCGAGUCCUAUCUUCGUCCCUCUCCCUUAAAAAGAGCUCUUCCGUCUUCCCGGUCGCUACUCCGACCUUCUGUAACCCCCGAUGAUCCCUGUUGUCCCAGGCUCCAUCCGCUGGUCCAACUGAACUCGAACCUGCCGCAGCUCCGACUCAGUCUGCCGAGGUUAUCCGCGAACAGCUAUACACGGCUAUGGAUGCUCUCGUGUCGCGGCUGGACGCCCUCGUUACAAACCCGGAUCUCGCCCCGGUCCUGUCGUUGUUAAAGGGUAUUCGCAAUGGCGCGGUCUACGGUGCUAAAGUGCGGUUUCCGCAUGCUCUGGUUAUGAUAUUCCUAUUCCGCUCUGGAACCAUACGGGAAAAGGUCAAGCUAGUGCUCAAUGCUACACGACAGCAUGCUCGAAAUCUCGCCGUGUUCUGCCUCAUAUACAAGAGCUCCAUGAUCGUCUUGCGCAAUAUCAAUCCUGCUGGUGUCGGGAAGGAGGGGCAAUACGAUAGCUUCUUUGCGGGGUUGAUGGGAGGCUAUGCGGUCUUUGGCCGACAUAAAUCAAGUGUCACGCAACAGAUUGUGAUCUAUAUCUUCGCGCGUGUCGUCCUCGGCUUCGCCAAGCUCUCCGUCCAACCCGGAGCGCACCCUCUCUCAGACCUCAUCGGCCCUGAAGGGCGGAAACGUAUCGAAAACAAUGCCUGGGCUGUUUUCGCAUCCGUCAGCUGGGCGCUUGUCAUGUACCUCUUCCGCUGGCAUCCGGAGACAUUGAUGUCGAGUCUACGAAGCAGCAUGGUUUACAUAUAUGCCGACUCAGACCACUGGGACUCAUUCCGUAACCUCCUAGUCUACAACAAAUAGACGAUUUUUUCAACUUGUCACGCUGGCGCUUGAUGCUAUAUCUCUUUAGUCUUAGGGCUAUUCUUUUUUCCUCUACUACUAUGGGCCAGGCGUAUAGAAUCGGCGCAUGUUUUUCUAUGGCUUUGAUCUGUGCUACUCGUUC